UCAACUUCUCUUUUUUCACCUAGUUGGGUUAUAGAGGAAGUUGAAGCUCAGUGUUAGUUGUUUCAGUUAUUAGUACACUACAAAAGAGAGGAAAAAAAGAAGAUUAUAGUAAUUAUUUUCUCAGCUAUGUUAUAAAUAUAUGUAGUUCCUACCCAAGUUUUCUUCAAAAAGGCUUUCUGGGUAUUUGCUCUUUUACAGUUUGUUCUGUUGUUAGUAUUAAAAAGUUCACUGUUUCGGAUCUUAAUCGUGGAUUUGUGGUGUUAGGAUUUUCUUUAGUGUUUUUACUACAUAAUUUUUUACUUGUUUGAAAUUCUUAUUUUUGUGUUGUGAAAGUGGGGUAUUUUCUAGAUUCUUCAAGGAUUGCCUAAAACUAAAAAAAAAAAUGUAUUCUGAUUCCUUGCAAAUGCUCCCUGAUUUAACGCUGAUAUUUUUCCUUUGAUGCCCUAUCAACUCUGUAUUUCCUCAAUGGUUUCUCGCUCUGUUUUUAACUCUUGGCCAGUCCUGUAGCCGAAAUUCCGUUCUUCAAGUGAUCAAUCCUAUGAAACGACCAGUUAAUUAGCAACUCUUUUGGAUAAAAAUUUCGGGUUUGGUUGUUUUAUUGUUUGGAUUUGAUGUUAUGAAGUGGGAAAUGGAAAUUUUGUCGCCAACAUCUUAUAUCUCCAGCACAAAUUGGUUUGAUGAAGAUAGUAAGAGCACCAAAUGGACAUCAGCAGAGAACAAGAUGUUUGAGAAUGCCUUGGCAGUCUACGAUAAAGAUACGCCCGACCGAUGGCAGAAAGUGGCGGCGAUGAUCCCAGGGAAGACGGUGGGAGAUGUGAUCGAGCAAUAUAGAGAAUUAGAAGCUGAUGUUAGCAGUAUAGAAGCAGGGCUGGUCCCGAUUCCUGGAUAUAGCACCUCUCCAUUCACAUUGGAUUGGGUGAAUAGCCAUGGCUAUGAUGGAUUGAAACAUUCAUAUGGACUCGGAGGAAAGAGAUCUUCAUCAGGCAGGCCUGGAGAUCAUGAGAGGAAAAAAGGGGUUCCUUGGACAGAAGAGGAGCAUAAAUUGUUUCUAAUGGGGCUAAAAAAGUACGGCAAAGGGGAUUGGAGAAACAUAUCUCGCAAUUUCGUUGUCACUCGAACACCGACUCAGGUGGCUAGUCAUGCGCAGAAGUAUUUCAUCAGGCAGCUUUCAGGAGGGAAGGAUAAGAGAAGAGCCAGCAUUCAUGACAUAACGACGGUCAAUCUCAAUGACACGAGAACUCCUUCCCCGGACAAUAAGGGAACUCUCUCACCCGAGCAGUCUUCGGUGCUGCCUCAGCAGCCAAAUUCUGGUGCCAUGCCCAGAACAAACUUUCAAUGGAAUCCACCUUUCAAUUCAACACAAGGAAGUAUACCAAUGUCUUCUCCUUUUGGGGUUCCCUCCUGUGGAUUGAAAAUGCAGGGGCAGAGUCUGCAUAGAAGUGCUGCAUAUGAAUCCUAUUUUGGACCUCAAAAUUUGUUUCUUCAGAUGCAACCGGCCGAACAAUACCCUCAAGACCUCCUAUUCUGAGUUUCUCCUCGAUAGAUAAACCAUGCCAUCUUCCAGUUGAUUGUUAUAGCUGUCUUUGUGCUUUUAUGGUCUAUCUGUAUAUUAUCAAGAGCUUGAGUUUAUUCCAUAGCGUUCAACCAAGAGGUGAUAGGAUUGGGUUUUGCUACGAAUUUCAAGACUAUGAAAUGUGAAACUCUGAGGGAAGCUUCUUAAACAUGGAUUUCCCAUGUAUUUAGGAUUCUGUAGUUGAAUCUGAUUGCCCCUUGAUCAAAUGGCCGUGCUAUUUGGUAAUAGUGGCGAGCUUAUCUGGACUGCACCGACAGAUCAACGUGUGGGAUAUGUGCUACAGAUAAAGUUGUCUUAGAGUCUAGGAAUAUGAUUUGAAGCAUAAGAUAUGAAGACACUACUUUACUAUUAUUUGGCAACUUAAGAAGGUUCAAAGAUAAGAUUUGAGCGGGCACCAUACAUGAAUCGGAGAGUAGGGUUCGUUCUGGUUCACAUGGAGAAUGAAGCAGUAGAAAUGUAGAAUAAGCAUCUACAACCAGAAGUUCGAAGCUUAGACAGCUCUAGGCAUGACUGAGUGGCCGUAAUUUUCAGAAGUUCAUCAAUCUGGUUGUAUACUUUUGGCAGUUCCAUGCUGUAAAUCUUAGUAAUAUGAUUCAAGACUAAUGAUUCCAA